AUGGCUAGCGUUAACAAAUUACUCUUCCUCUCGGCCAUCGCGCUUGUCGCUCUCCAGAUUUCCAGCGCGAGAUCCCUUCACCAGAGGCUUUUUUGGCAGGACUUCUUCAAUGUCACCGAUUUCCUCGUCACCACUGGAGUUCCCAGCCUGGGAAACCCGGCGAAUCCAUUCGGAGCCAUCGCGGUCGUGGAUGAUCCCGUGACUGUGAGCCGAUCGAGCGACUCCCGCGAAGUAGGAAGGAUUCGAGGGACGAGCACGGUGGUGUCGAUGGAUAGCCUCACAUCUCUGGUGUCUGUGACGCUCACUCUAGACGAAUUCCAGGGCAGUAGCCUCACGUUUCUCAGCGCCGUCACGAAUUCCAGUGGUCAGCUCCCAAUCGCUACUGGCACUGGCGAGUUUUUGUUUGCCAAAGGCUACGCUCUCGUCGAUCGAAUCGUGGAGGACAUCAAUUCCACGUUCUCCUUCGAUCUACGCGUACUCCACUUCUAG